AUGGAUAGCGACAGCGACGAAGGCGACUACACCACGUACGCGCAAGUGGAGCGGGGCUUCAACACCAUGGAGGGCCCGUCCGCGCAGGAACGCAUCGACUGCAUCGUCCCCUUCCUCGUGUCCCUCCUGCCCGCGACCUACGUCUCGGCCCCCGAGGUCGAGUCCGACUCCGACGACGACCGCUUCUCGCUCACCUCCUCCGACUCCGGGGCGUCCGACGACCACGACGCGCUCCCGUUCGCGGCGGCGCCGGGCGACGGCGAGGACCGCAUCAGCCGCCUCCCGGACACGCUCCUGGCCGACAUCAUCCACCGCCUCCCCACCAAGGACGCCGGCCGUACCGCCGCGCUCUCCACGCACUGGCGCCGCGUGUGGGCCGGGACCCCGCUCCUCGUCGACGACGCGCACCUCCUCGGCGCUGGCGGGACCAACGACGUCCCCGUCGUGCGCGAGCUCGCGCGCUGCGUGGCCGCGCACCCGGGCCCGGUCCGCGGCGCGCGCGUCACCCGCGUCUCCUUCCACGCGCACGAGUACGCGCUCCGGCGCUUGGUCGCGGACCUCGCCGACAAGGACGUCCGGGACCUCAUCCUCGUCAACCGCCCGUGGCCGCUCGACAUGCCGCUCCCCGACGACAUCCUCCGCUGCGCCUCCCUCGACCGCCUCUACCUCGGCGUAUGGAAAUUCCCCAAGACGACAUCCGCGCACCCGCCUGUGUCCCCCGACCUCCGCGAGCUCGGACUCUUCCACAGCAUCGUCCGCAACGAAGAAUUCGAGUCCCUGCUCGCGCACUGCCCCAAGCUGGAGGUCCUCUCUCUCGUCAUGUCAUACCACGAGCCGUCGCGUCUCCACCUAACCUCCAACAGCCUCAAGAUCGCGGUGGAGUGGAUGUCGUCCUUCGAUGAGGUCGUCGUUGAAGACGCCCCAAGCCUCGAGCGGCUGCUCUUCCAGAGCAUCCUUGAGAGGAGGCCCGUCAAGAUUGUUCGUGCUCCGAGGCUGGAGGUGCUCGGGGUCCUCGACCUCGACCUCCACAUGCUUGAGAUCGGUGGCACUGUCAUCAAGGCUGGGAUGAAAGUGAGUGCUAGCAACAUGGUACCAAGCUUGAAGAUACUGGCCGUGAAGGUUUAG